AUGGCUGUCGACUUGACGGUCGGAAUAGACGUUGGAAUGAGCGGCACCGGUGUUGCGUCCCGCCAACACAAGACCGGUGAUGCCAAGUGCGACGUCAUCUGCCUCGAAUGGGGAGUUGAUAACAACAUGCCGAAAGUUCCUACGAAGCUCGCGUACGCAAGAACGGGGCAGUCGCAGUCGCCCCUCCACUGGGGGAGCAGCAUCCCCAACAACACUACGAACCUAUCUAUCAAGGAAUGGUUCAAGGCGGACUUUGGGGGAAACGACUCGGAUCAUACAGCAGCUGAGAAGUUGUAUACUGACUACCUGAAAUACCUGCAUGACGAGCUUUCACAGCGGUUUGUCCGCGAUGGAAUACUCGGUAAAGCAUGGGAGCACGCAAACAUCGCCUUUGUCUUCAGCACGCCGGCUUGCUGGGAACCCGCUGAAGUGGCUCGGUUCAAAACCUUGAUAUGCAAGGCCGGGUUUGAGAAGGCGCAGAGCAAGCGCCUUGGUCGUGGCGUCCAUACCGCCGAGAUCACCAUGACCGAACCGCAGGCAACAGCCGCUUUCGAGCUCUGCACCCCAAAGCCCGUCGCGAACCUCCGGAGAGGGCACAAUGCCAUGAUUGUCGAUGUUGGUGCUGGCACAGGGGACUUUUCUCUCGUCCAGGUUGCGACCAAUGCGCAGGAGGCUUUUCAUUGGCGCGAGCACCAGCCGGCGAUGGGCCGGCACAUCGGGUCGUCGUACAUCGACCAUGGCUUCGAGGUGGGCCUGACGGACAUUUUGAAGCCUCACCAACAUCUCCUGGGCCACAACGCUUGUCACGUGGCUUGGGAGAUGCGCAGUAGCACCGCAUUUCUUGAGGCAAAGCACAAGUUCAGAGGUGCCAAUGCGAACACUCAGGCAAUCCCCGUACUCCAUCUCGAAAAUCCCGACAGCAUCCACGACGAUUUUGUUCAGAACGGGAAGUUGGUAAAUCCUGGGACGGAGCUGGAACCCCUUUUUGACCAACAGAUCGAAAAGAUCACCAAAUGCAUCUCUGAGCGGGAUUAUCUUCUGCUCUCUGGGGGCCUUGGGAGCUCACCCUACGUCAAGUGCCAACUGGAGAAAUUUUGCGACAAUGACUCCAAGCUCAAAUCAGCCAGGUUGGUGGUAUCUCAGGAGCCCCAGCUUGCCGUCUGCAUGGGUCUAGUCUACGCCGCUAGCAGCAACCAGGCCGUCUUUCCCACGAUUGCUUGCCGGGCGUGGUUCAGUCUUGUCAGUCGCAUCCCGAGCGCUGCCCCCGCUAACAGAACGUGGAUAUCCAUCUUGACACGAGGCAAGGGGAUUGAGAGCCGUUUUAACGAUUGUGUCGACUGGAUCAUCCCGAAGGGCAAGCAGAUCCAGAACGGGAACGAGCUCGAAUUCGAGCGCAAGGUGUUCUUUGAGCCAGACGAAUGUCGGGUUUGCAAUAUUGAGAUUGUCUGCAGCUUGGCCGGAUGGCCCCCCGCCGUCCAAAGGCUUGGAGAGUUUAUUGCAACUCACCAAGUCAUGCGCGCCGACCUCUUGGAGGCCGACGUAAAGAAGAAGCGCAAGGUCUUCUGGCGCAAGGCGUACUUCCUCCAGGUCGAGUUCAAGGUCAAGGCGACGAUCGGACUGGCCGAGGCCCAUUUCCAGUGUGUGGACGCUAGGGGAAAAAAGAUCAGUGAGCCGAUCACGGUUCCCGUACCUCGCGAACCACCGAUUAUGAGCUUGGAUGGUGUCGAGGAGGAGUAG